ACAAAGAUCUAAGGCAAAGUUCACUUUUUUACACACACCCAAAACAGAAAAGAAAUAGAAAAGAAAGAAGAAGAAGCAAAAUUGAAGGAUCUAAAUUCAGCUUCUUUUCAUCUCUUCCUAGUUUGUAUUCCCACUGAUCUUUCUAAUUUUCCUUUUUUUUUUUCCAAUGUCAAAUGAAGAUCAUCAUCAUCAUGAGGAGGAGGAGAAUCCUUAUUACCCAAACUUUGAUCCUUUCACUCACAACUUCCAUCCUCACAAACCCUUUGAAGCUCCUCCUUUGACAAGCCCUUAUUAUGAAGCUUUUGAUAUCAUUCCUUCUAGUGUGGGCUUUUACUCUGAUUUCUUACAUGUAUCAGCUGAAUAUGGCUACAACAACAACCUCCUCGAGAUGUCGUGCUCGUCGUCCGAAGUUAUUUCUCCGAUUGAUGAUGCUUCGAAGAAGUCGUUGGGACUUAGAGAUCAGUCGGUAGUGACCGGUGAGCACCCGUCGACACCGAAUUGUUCCUCGACCACGUGUUCGUCCGAUGAGGCUGCCGCGGGUGGUGGUGAGUCUUCCAAGAGUGGGGAGGUGAAAGGGUUUGAUGAUAAAAAUGGAGAAAAUAGCAAGAAAGUGGAUGGCGGAAAAAAGAAGGAGAAAAGAGAAAAAGGGCCACGAUUUGCCUUCAUGACAAAAACUGAAAUUGAUAAUCUUGAAGAUGGAUAUAGAUGGAGAAAAUAUGGUCAGAAAGCAGUCAAAAACAGCCCUUUUCCAAGAAGUUAUUAUAAAUGCACAAGUCAAAAUUGCAGUGUGAAAAAAAGAGUAGAAAGAUCAUCAGAAGAUCCAUGUUUUGUUAUAACAACAUAUGAAGGCAAACACAACCAUUAUUGUCCAAUUAUACUUCGAGGCCACAAUGCCACCGGAGUUUUGCCGCCGUCGGUUUCACCGCCGUACCUUCCGGGAUUAGCUCCGGCGAACUUCUUGUCCGGCGAGUUCUAUGAAAAUCUGAACCAACAACAAUAUUAUGAUCAGGUUCCUGAUCAGUAUGGGCUGUUGCAAGAUUUGGUUAAUCCAUCAUUUAAUAAUUCAAAGCAACACCCAUCAAAUUAAUUAAAUAAUUAAUCUCUUUCUUAAUUAUUAUAUAUAAAUGUAAUUGACAUUAUAAUUAAUUAGCUUUAGUGCAUCUUGUAAUUUCUCCUUU